AUGGCGUCCAUCUCCGCCGCAGCCACUGCUGCAGCUUCAUUUACAUACGCCACGCCUUCCUCAUCUUCCUCUUCUUCAUCCCCUCUUUUUACCCUUCAGAAACCCACCACCAGAAUACUGCUUUCUUCUUCGUUUGUUUCUAAAUCUUCCACAAACCUUUUCCUCCACAACCCUUCUUCAUCCUCCGCCAACGCUUCUCACCGCCGCCGCUCUCUCACCGUACGCGCUGCUCGGGGGAAAUUCGAGCGAACUAAACCCCAUGUCAACAUCGGAACUAUCGGCCAUGUCGACCAUGGAAAGACUACACUCACUGCCGCCCUCACCAUGGCCCUAGCCUCUACAGGUGGAGGAAUUGGCAAAAAAUACGACGAAAUUGACGCCGCUCCUGAAGAACGUGCUCGUGGUAUCACCAUCAAUACCGCCACCGUAGAGUACGAGACGGAGAAUCGCCACUACGCCCACGUCGACUGCCCUGGUCACGCUGAUUACGUUAAGAACAUGAUUACUGGUGCUGCUCAGAUGGACGGAGCUAUCCUCGUCGUCUCCGGCGCCGACGGCCCCAUGCCUCAGACUAAAGAACACGUUCUGUUAGCGAAACAAGUUGGUGUCCCUAACAUGGUUGUUUUCUUAAACAAACAAGAUCAAGUCGACGAUGAGGAAUUGCUUGAAUUGGUCGAAUUGGAGGUAAGAGAACUCUUGUCUUCCUAUGAAUUCCCCGGUGAUGAUAUCCCAAUUAUCUCCGGAUCUGCUUUGUUAGCUUUAGAAGCUCUAACAGAAAACCCCAAGAUUGCAAAAGGCCAAAACAAAUGGGUCGAUAAAAUCUAUGAACUAAUGGCAGCUGUCGACGAUUACAUCCCAAUCCCGCAAAGACAAACCGACCUCCCAUUUCUAUGCGCAAUCGAAGAUGUGUUUUCAAUCACUGGUCGUGGAACAGUGGCCACGGGUCGUGUCGAGAGAGGCACUGUUAGAGUCGGAGAGAGCGUUGAGAUUGUGGGGUUGAAAGAUACCAGAACCACCAUUGUUACAGGAGUCGAAAUGUUUCAGAAGAUUCUAGACGAAGCUUUAGCAGGUGACAAUGUCGGGCUUCUGUUGAGAGGUGUUCAAAAGAUCGAUAUCCAAAGAGGGAUGGUUUUGGCUAAACCGGGUUCAAUCACACCUCACACAAAGUUCGAGGCUUUGGUUUAUGUGUUGAAGAAAGAAGAAGGUGGAAGGCAUUCACCAUUUUUUGCAGGUUACAGGCCUCAAUUCUACAUGAGGACGACUGAUGUUACAGGUAAAGUGACUUCGAUUAUGAACGAUAAAGAUGAAGAAUCAAAGAUGGUUAUGCCUGGUGAUCGUGUGAAGAUGGUGGUGGAGCUUAUUAUGCCUGUUGCUUGUGAACAAGGAAUGCGGUUUGCAAUCAGAGAAGGUGGAAAGACUGUUGGAGCAGGUGUUAUCGGAAACAUUCUUGAGUGA